AUGCCUGCCGUCGGCACUGCCCUGCGCAAGGCAGCGCUGUCUGCUGGCGUCCGCGCCGUCGCCAGCCGCCCCUUCAUCGUCACUUCUCUGACAUCGUCAGCCUCUUUGGCCUCUCCCACGGCGCGCGGCUACGCGACAACGUCCCAAGCCGCCCCGACGCCCCCGGCGCCUGCACCCACCAUGUCGCAACCCGUCUUCUCGCUCGCCGGCAAGCUGGUUCUCCUGACCGGUGCCGCGCGCGGUCUUGGCCUCGUCAUGGGCCAGGCCAUUGUCGCCAGCGGUGCCGACCUCGCCAUGGUCGAUCUGAACAAGGAGGAGACGGAGACCCAAGCCAAGAUUAUGGUCGAGACGUUCAAGGCCAGGUACCCUGACCAACGGAUCCCCCGUGUCACCGCCCACUACGCCAACGUCGCCGACGAUUCCUCCGUCGACGCCUGCAUCCAAGAAGUCCUGGCCGCUCAGGCCGAGGCCGGCGCCGUCUCCCCCAACCACAUCACCAUCAACGGCCUCGUCACCUCGGCCGGCUUCGUCGAAAACGUGCCCGCCGUCGACUACCCGCCCGCCCGCCUCCGUGCCCUCUGGGCCGUCAACGUCGACGGCACCUAUCUCUUUGCCACGGCUGUCGCCCGUCAUCUCCAGUCCCGUCAGGAACAGCAGCGUGCCUCGGCCGCAUCGGCCGACGCCUCCGCCAGCGCCAUCGCCGAGCUUGCCACCACCCCGCCGGCCAGCAUGGUCUUGAUCGGCAGCAUGAGCGGUGCUAUUGUCAAUGUGCCUCAGCCGCAAGCCCCCUACAACGCCUCCAAGGCUGCCGUCCGCCAGCUCGCCGCGUCCCUCGCCGUCGAAUGGGCCCCCUCCGGCAUCCGCGUCAACUGCCUCUCCCCCGGCUACAUGCAGACCCCGCUGACGCAGGCCAUCCUCGCCAAACAGCCCGCCCUGCGCCAGCAGUGGACAAACGGCGUGCCCCAGGGCCGCCUGGGUGUGCCACAGGAUCUGGCGGGCCCCGUUGUGUUCCUGUUGUCCGAUGCCGCGCAGUACAUAACGGGCGCUGAUCUGCGCGUCGACGGCGGGUACACCAUCAUUUAA